AUGUUGGUCUCCGACUUUGUCUUCACUUUGGUGAAGUAUGCUGUUCUAAUUCUUAUCCCAUAUUUCACCCUUUUAUUAGGGUACCGCCUUUUCCUUCACCCCCUCCGCACUUAUCCAGGUCCUCUCCUGGCGAAGAUAUCAGACUUAUACGCCGGCUUCUACGCAUUGGGAAUGAGACUUCACUUGGUGACCUACUUUGAUCUCAAGAAAUACGGUCCUGUUAUAAGACACGGCCCCAACAAACUAGUAUUUAGUUCACCAAAAGCCCUACAAGAUAUUUACAACAACGAGAGAGUUACCAAGUCACAUGUCUAUGAACUUACAAUAACAUCGGGCAAGCCGAGCAUUUUCAAUGCUCUUGACAAACAGAAACAUAGACAGAAGCGCAAACUUAUUGGACAAGCUAUCACUGACAAGGCAAUGCGGUCUUUCGAGCCAACCAUGCUGGAGCAGAUUGACAUCUUCAUCAAACAGGUGCUGCUCGCAUCGGAAGAAUCGAAGCCUGUCAAUAUAACAGAUUUCACGAAACGGCUUGGCGCUGAUAUUGUAGGCCAUCUUGCUUUCGGUUACGAUUUGAACAUGCAGACAGAUUCAACAAAUCGAUUCGUCCUCCAGGGGCUUGCUGUUGGCUCAUACCAGAACAACAGCUUUAUGCAGUUCCCUAUGCUAAAACAUCUACGACUCCAGAACCUCUUGACUAUUGUCGGCUACAAAGCGCGUAUGAAGUAUAAGAACCUCCUGCAACAGAUGAUUACUCAUCGCCUUUCUCAAGAAAAACACGCCAGGAAUGAUCUAUAUUCUUUCGUGGUCGACCAUCUGGAUGAUCCUGCAGUUGGCGUCACAACUAGCGAGUUAUGGCGGGGACACCACCACACCACCACAACUGCAAUGAGUGCACUUUUCUUCUACCUAGCACAGUAUCGCGACGUGUAUGAGAAGCUAGCGACAGAAAUACGCCAAACGUUUGAAAGCGAGGCUAGUAUUCGAACUGGCCCGCAGUUGGCAGGCUGCAGGUAUCUACGAGUAUGUAUUGAUGAAGCGCUGCGCAUGUCACCCCCUGUAAGUGGAACGCUCUGGAGAGAGCUGUACUCAAAUGAAUCGGGUAAAGGCCCAUUCAUCGUAGAUGGUCAUGUGAUACCUCCCGGUACGCAAGUCGGUGUCAGUAUUUAUGCUCUUCAUCAUGACGAGGAAUACUUUGACGAUCCAUUCACAUUUCGCCCAGACCGCUGGCUCACUGAAGAUGGAGCCACGCUUAGUUGCAUGAGUUCGGCAUUCAGUCCAUUUUCUAUUGGAGGGCAAGGAUGUGCCGGUAAGGCCAUGGCAUAUUUAGAAGCAAGCCUAGUAACAGCAAAAACAUUAUGGCGCUUCGACUUCACACUCGCCCCGGGGAAGACAGGCCAUGUAAGCAUAGGAGCUGCUAGAAAAGAGGCGGGAAGAGAUCAGCCAAAGGAGUUUCAACUAUAUGAUAAUUUUCGUUCGAGCCACGACGGGCCCAACUUGAUCUUCAGGGAAAGAAGCCUUUAA